AUGCGAGAUUUAGAAAAGUAUCGUAAAGAUUCGCGUUAUAAAAAAUACGUACAACUUGUAGAGAAAGUACUACAAUCCUUUGAUAAAGAAGUCAAUGAAUGGGCCGAUUUCAUAGCUUUUUUGGGAAAGCUUUUAAAGGCUUUUCAAGCUUAUCCUCAGUUUUCCGUAAUACCUAGAAAGUUAGUUGUUGGCAAAAGACUGGCACAAUCCUUAAAUCCGGCACUGCCCCCCGGUGUGCAUCAAAAGGCUCUAGAAGUUUACGAUUAUAUUUUUAAUAGUAUUGGAAUCGAACAAUUAGCAGACGAUUUACCUAUUUAUUCUCAAGGAUUAUUUCCUUUCCUUCAAUAUGCUGCCAUGAAUGUUAAACCUCAAUUAUUAGAUCUAUAUGAAAAAUAUUUCUUUCCUUUACGGAAUCAAUUAAGACCUGUGAUGAAAGCAUUUAUCACAGCCCUAUUACCUGGUUUAGAAGAAGAAGGAAGUGAAUUUUUUGAUAGGGUUUUAUCCCUUUUGAAUUAUCUAUCUGGGAUUGUAGAACAGACAUAUUUUCUGCAGAGUAUGUGGCUUGUAUUAAUAACAUCAUCAUCCUUACGGACUCCGGCUUUAAAUUAUUUAUCUCGGCGGAUGCCAAAAAUCACAUCUAAAGAAGAUGUAGCAGUAGUGUUGGGUGAUGAUAUUGGAAUUAUGGUUCGAGCAUUUUCAGCGACACUGGAUGAUAAACACGUUUUGGUGCAACGAGCUAUUCUUGAUUUAUUAGUUAAAAGUUUCCCUUUAAAAGUCAAAAAUGUUGGAGAGAUCAUUCAACAAGAUGAUCUUAUAUUAUUAAUGAAAUCUGCUUCGGCAGUUGUUUUACGUAAAGACAUGUCACUUAAUAGAAGGCUUUAUGCAUGGCUUUUAGGACCCGACGAAAAUCCGGAGCAACAAAUUGAACAUUUUCAUCAAUAUGGCAAAAGUGCUCUCGUUUCUGCUUUGAGGAACAUGUUUUUUUUGGAUACGAGUGAUUUAGCUACUGCACAACGACCAUAUAAGAUUUUGAUAUCAUUGAUGGAUAAGGAAGAAAUUGGACAACCUAUUGUACAGGAUUUACUUGUCGAUAUUUUAUGGUCAUUUAAAAAUCAUACUGAAAAGUCAGAAUUCAGUUCCGAUUUAUUACAAACAGCUAAUAUGUUUUUGGAAAUGAUUAAUCCAUAUUUAAUUUGGAUGAAAUUAUAUGGUCUAGUUCAGGAUCGAUUUUCUGCUCAAGAUGGAUUAGAUAUUUCAGCGUUGGAUUUGGUUAAUUUCGUAUUGAAUUCUUUUCGAAUGCAUGAAGAUGAAAUUGAACAAAUACAUAUGCCACUAUUCGUUACUGCCUUACUUCGUAAACUUCAGAUGUUUACAAAUGAAGCAAAUUUCAGUCACCGUAUUUCACAAACUGAAUCUUCUCUAACAUUAUCUUUGGAUUUAUUGCAAAAAAUCCCUGAUAGUGUUUUUAGUUAUUGCGAACUUUCAAUUAAAAAAGAUUCUCAAGAAAAUAUACAAAUUCCAUGUAAGGAAUCUUCAACGUCACAAGUUGAAACAGAUUCUGUGAAUGAAGAAACAGAAUCUGCGCAAAUGUCGCAGUUAGGAGUUGAUUUUUACACGGGAAUGAAUGCUGUGAAAUAUAUAAAUGAUUUUUAUUUUUAUGAGAAUGAAAAAGGGAGUGAAAAUAUUGCAAGCAAGCAAGUCAGUGGUAUUCGAGGACAAUACUUAAUUGAAGAAUUACUGAAUUCUAUUCAAGGGUUCUUGCACAGUAUAAUCACUAAAGCGAUUCUUGUCAAAAGCGACGGUUCACAGGAAAUUCCAUCGAGUCAUUUGGCUAUAAUAAUGGAUCGCAUCUGUUGCCUUUUAAAAGGUGUAUCAAUGCGAUUACAUUUAAUAGAGAAUAAUUCUGUAGAUUAUGCUAAUUUGGUAUCAAAAUUAUUCAAUGGGGAAUGGGUCUUCUCACUGCUAAAAUGUUGUUAUAUGAUUGACAAUUUCGAUAUAAUUGAUUCAGCACUUUCGACUAUUUUACAUAUUAUAAUUGAUCAACAAUUUGUAUCCUCUAGUCUCAUCAACUCAAAACAUCAAAUACGUGAGAUUGUAGAUACUUUAUGGAAAUUUUUAGAUCCUAAUAAAGCGGCCUUUCAUUUACGAGUUGUCCAAUUAAUUUGGAGUUUGAAAGAUUUAUCUCAAGCGAAUUACGUAGAGGCUGUCAUUUCAGAAUAUCUUAUACAAAAAGAUUCUUCCGUACGGCAAUCGAACUUUGAACGCUUUGGUACUUUUUGGAGACUUUCUGAGAAUUUCCAAGAUAAAUACUUACAUUUCUCUCAGCCAAUGUUUUUGAUGCUUGAUGCUUUGCGUGAUGAAAAUCCGACUAAUCGUCGUGCAGGCGAAACAUGGUUACGAUGUAAUAAGAAUUCGUACACGAGAAUCUUAGAACCUUUGAUCCAAAUUCUUUGUGAUUCUUCAAUUAUGAGACAAAAGGCUGAAAAAAUAAUUGGUGUAGAGACUUUCCGACUUUCUUAUUACGAAAGACCAUUUAAUCAGGCUCAAGUUGAUUAUGUAUUUGAGACAUUGUCUACUAUCUGUCGUGUUGGGGGAGCUAGCUUUAUGAAAACGAUACGAAAACAAAACAUAAAACAUGAUUUAGCAAAAUCAUGUAGUUGGCUUUCUGAAGAAGGAAAUGGAGUUAUGAAUGAAGUUGUAAGAGAGAUAACAUAUAGUGAACUUUUUAUCAAGACUUCUAUAUUUUAUAUGGAGGCUGAAGUGCCACAUACACUAUCCUCUAUGACUGUACUAAAUGAAUACAUUCAUAUGCAUGCAAUGGACUUUCUUUAUCAUUUAAUUUCAAAGAUAGAUUAUGUCAAUAACGAUUUGGUUCAAUUGGUACACGAUGCGUUACUGCGGAAAAUUCUUUUUUGUAUAUAUUCGAAAAAGUUGGAUUUACAAUCAAGACUGUUACAUUUAUUAUGUAUUACAGUAACCCAUAUAGGAUCCGCUAAUCAACAUUCUAAAGUAAAUCCUGUUUAUAUUGAUGGUCCAUACAAUUUACCACCAUAUACCUAUGAUAAUUCAGCGUCAAAGGAAGAUACGGAUACAAAGAAUGAAAAUUUAGAUGUAGCAAGAUCAUCACGUUCUUUAAUUAAGGUGUUGCUUGACGCCUUAUCAAUAAAUUCUAAUCGUCCUCUCUUACAGCAGUGGAUGGAUUUUAUUCUGGCAUCUUUGCCUUAUUUCAGACAUUCAUUUAACUCUGUAUUAGUUCCAUUAAUCCAGCGUUUAUGUGAACAGUUAAGUCGAUGGAAAACCGAAAUGCAUAAUCAUUAUGUUUUCAUGGCUGAUGAUGAUACAUCUGAUUCGUCGAAAUAUAGCAAAAAAUCUGGUGAUUUGUCAAUGUCCGAACGGGAUAUUAUUACUUUACUUGGUGGGUUCGAGAAAAUAGUUAUGUUUUGUUUAAAGGAUGGAGGGUUAGUCAAUGAAGCAGAUAACUCUUCAACCGGCUCUAAGGCAUAUGAAUCAUCUCUUGGACUUUCUGGCUUUGGUAACCUGUUCUCAAUAGAUACAAGUCAUACCGAACAAACUUCGUCCGAACAAAAACCUCGCGAUUAUAUACUUUAUGUUGUUUUCCCAAAUAUUGUUACCAUAGUUAUAGACAUAUGGACCAUAUUCAAGGAUGUUCACUCAUCUAAUCGCCCACAUAGGGUUGGAACUGAUCCGUUUUUGAUUACAUUAUCUCAUACGCGAGACAGAACUCAUAGACGUAUUAUGAAGCUUUUAGAUAAGUUACAUAAACAUGCACAUGCAGAGCUUAUUGAAGCAUUUGUGGAGCUUUGGUAUAUCGAAAACCCUAAUAGUAUUUCUAGUCAGGAGAUGCUAAACAAAUGUGCUGAAAGUAUUGUCAUUGAUGUAAUGAAAGUCAUUCCAGGUUUAUCCCCGCAAAAAGUGAUAGUCACUAUGCUAAAUAGCGCUCGUGGGCGAGCACAAGUUGUACAAAAUUCCCGAAUAAAAAAGUUGGGAUCUAAGGUGAACAAGAUAUCCGAUAUUAUUAUUCUACGAUUUUUAGAAGUUUACUGCGAUUCUUUAGCAGUUAAUCAACCCCUGAUUGAAGUUUGGCCUCAAUGCUUGGCUUACAUUAAAGACUAUAUUGCGCAAGCUUCUUCAUAUAAAUAUUUGUUUCCUGCACUUCUUAAGUUUAUGCACAAAUUGUCGGAUAAGUUGUGCUCCACAGCUUACUUUGAAGAUAAAAAGGUUCGACGAGACAUGCAUGACACAUAUCAACGUAUUUUAGAUUACUGCAUAUUGAUCUCGGGUCGUUCAUUCGACCAAGGGAUAUGGCUAAGACGAUCAGUAGCUAUAGACGGUGAAGUCGAAAGCAUAGAAGUUAAUGACGAAAGAGAUUCAGAUCUCGGUAGUUCAGUUAAUUUGAUUUCCGAGGAGAAAAAAAUCGUUUCAAAAUCCAAAGAGGAAAUUUUAAUUGAUCAAGUAAACUAUUACCUUGCUACAGUUGUGGUUCCAAACAUAAAACGAUUGUUAAUUGAUCAAGAUCGAAUUGUUUCUCUUUUGACGAAUAUGAUGUAUUAUAUAAUUGGCCCUGUACUGAAAAAUCGCCCCAGUACUGGUAUACCAAAUGUCAUAUUAAAUCUCAUUUGCGAGAUGUCCAAGCUACCUUUUGCAUAUCGUGUCUGGCGUAAAGAAUUAUGGGAUGUUUUUAUAGAUAAUAAAUUUUUUAAUAUGACACCUGGAGCAGCUAAAAAAUGGCGUAUCAUUAUGCAAACAAUUAUGACUUCAGAAAAGGAAAGAUUCCCUGAACUGUUGGGACGUUUGUCUACAUCACCUGCAAAUGCUUUGUUUGUUAGCAAAGAACAAGAAUCUUUGAACCGUGCAUUAAAUCUGAGACGUUUCUCAUUUGUAAUUUACUGUGGUAAUAUGGAUCAGUAUCUACAAUAUCUUCCUCCUAUACAAGAGAAGUUGGUAGAGUUAUUCAAAUUGGGUUUAUCCGAAUUAGUACACGCCGAGGUUAGAUUGUUUGGGAUGUUCCUACAAAAAGAACCUAUUGAGCAACAAUCUGAAGUUGCUAACGUAUUUUUAGCUGCUUGCAAAUUUUUGGAUUUAUUAUUCGUUUUACAAACUAAUGAUUUCCAAGUAUAUGAAUGGAUGUUCAUAUCAGACACAAUUAAUGUCAUUAAUCACGCUCUUGAAUGGUCGCCUUAUGCGUUAAUGGAUAAGUUGGCGGAUCAUCUUUCAGGUCAACAGCAAGAUUUAUCAAAGCUUCACUUGGAUAAUAUAGCUAGUCAAGUUAGAGCGGAAUCACCAUUAUCACGAGCUCUUACUUUUUCAAACGGUGACAGCAAACGACCAAUGUUGACAUUGAAAAGUAUUACUAGUAUUAGGCAAUUGGAAUUUUUUGUAAGAAAUGUGAGCUUAUAUGUAUAUAAAUCUAUUUACACACUUGCAAAACCAGAUAUUCCAUAUAUUGAAAGUUUAUUAGAAAAUGAUAUGUUAGAAUACGGUAGUGUUUAUAGCACUACUGAAUUGGGAAGUAUUGAUGUUGGUAGUGUAUUAGGUCACAGGACUUUAGCAGAAUUUGAAAAGAUCGAAAAGAUGAUUAAAGAUGAUAUACGAGAUCCCAUACCAAAAUUAGCAGCCUUAAUUGGAGUUUCGGGUAGUUACAUGAAGUUAUCAUUUUACAAAUUGUUUUACACUCAUACUGAUAGUUUGUUUCAUAAUACAAUAAAGGGAUGCGGAAAAACUUCUACAGUGUUUGAAGUUGGGAUGCACAACUUUAUCACAUAUGUCGUUGUUCCUCGUCAAAAUGAUUUAUCCUGUAACUCAGACUUUGGGAACCUCCUUCUUGAUAUUAAAUUCAUUGUCACAUCUAAUAGCUACUCGAUCCCUUUCAAAACCGAACAGGAUGCUAUCUUACAGAAACAAGAACGUGAGAAACUUAUCAAGCUAAAUAUUAUGGCCUUUGUGGUUGCCCGAAGACUUGCAUGGUCAAUACUCCGCAUAAACUUCAAUGAUCAGUUUGACCCACUUAUGUGGUUAUACUGUCAAGAGGAUUCACAAUUCAACCGUAUUUUUACAUUUGUGUACAAUACAGUUAAGAAAAUGACGAAUUGUGAUGAAAUUUGCCUGUAUAAAUAUUAUAAUGACUUGGCAGAUCAUUUUGAAAGGGUAACUAAUUAUACAACAAGGUUCACAAUUGCAAUCGAUGAAUGUCAUCUUCUACAACGAUAUUUUCGUCAUGAAUUUCUGCCUCAAUCUGUUAAGCUACUAGAUUAUAUAAAUAAUCUUCCUGAGGAAGGAACUUGGAUAUUUUCGCGACAAAACCAAAAGAUCUUCAGUUCUUCCGGUUAUGUUACAGAAUUGUUAAAGCAAAAUAAUAAUACAGUGAUCGUUAUGGGAACAAAUCUAAAAUUUAGAGAUCUCAAAGAGAUGGAUUCUAUGGUUGCAAAAUAUACCGAGAAAAUUACAAUCGAAAAGAUUACGAUCUUCCGAUCACUUACAGCCGACGAUGUUGUUGGGCUCUUUAAUAUAUGUCUCAACAAACAAGGAUUAACAGAAAAAAAAAUAUCAUGUAUUGCUGAGAAUAUGGAAGAUAAGGCUUUCUUAUAUUCCUUUUAUGCCUUUUUGACUCUACAUUUUAUAAUUUGUCAUUUGCUGGUAUCACUUCCCAAGGACGAGCAAUGUCUAAAAAAUGAAUUUGAAUGGCACAUAACUAAAGAUGAACCACAUUUUGAUACACCAUUACGGUCAGCUAUUCAUAUUGAUCAAGGUUACUCAAUAUCAUUGCUACAUACAUUAGAAAAGAAUAUCAUAUCAAGCGUGUUUUCUCAUGGAAGAGUCCUUUUUACUUCAAAGGAAGAAGUUUGCUUUGUCAAAAAAGGAUUUUGUCAAGUUGUGAUGCUAACAACUUAG